CCCGCCGCACCGCAGCAGCUGGGGGCUUUCCCCAGGGCGGCUCUGCCCGCCAUGGAGCGUCUGGCGCUGGGAUUGGUGCUGCUGGCCGGGACCCUGGCCACCAGCAGCCCCCCGCGUCGACGAGACCUCGACUCCGUCAAGGAGGUGGUGCUGGACAUGGCCCCCACCUCCUUCGACGACCAGUACCGGGGCUGCAGCCACAUGAUGGAGGAGGAGCUGGAGGAGCUCAACCGCACCGAGUUCGCCAACAACAGCGUCUACGCCAAGGCCUGGACCCUCGCCGCCACCGAAUGGCGGAGCCGGCGUGGCCACGUCCCCCAGCUGCUGGUGCUGCGGCCGGAGCAGUCGGUCGCCCUCCUGGCGUAUACCCUGUCGGGUCCCCUGCACCAGACGUUCAACGCGGCCGUGCGUGAGGCCGGGCGCUCCCGCAGGGAAUACCUGGGCGCCUUCCACUUCAAGGCUCUGCAUUUCCUCCUGACCAAGGCCCUGCAUGCCCUGCAGGACGCCCGGCCUCGCCGCUGCCACCAUGUCUACCGGGGCGUCCGGGGCAUCCGCUUCACCGCACGGCACGGCCAGUCCGUCCGCUUCGGCCACUUCACCUCCGCCUCUCUCCGGAAGGAGAGCACCCUGCCCUUUGGCCAGGACACCUUCUUCUCGGUGGAGACCUGCUAUGGUGUCCCCAUCAGGGACUUUUCCUUCUUCCCCGAGGAGGAGGAGGUCCUCAUCCCGCCCUUCGAGAUCUUCGAGGUCACCGAUGUCGCCCACGAUGGGGACAGAGCCCUCAUCCAGCUCCGCUCCCAGGACGCGCUCAGCACCUACAACUGUGAAUUGGUGAAAGAGAAGAGAUGCAAGAGCCGUCCGUGCAUCUUCAGUGCAGGUGCAGCCGAGCUGCCGCCGCGGCCACUUCCCAAAUCCCCCGUACGAAGUGGCGCAGCCCCUCGCCCCAGGAGCGGGGCGACGUCGCCUCGUGUCCCCUCGCUGCGUCCCCCUGCCAGACCCCGGCACCCUCGGGGGACACGGCUCGAGCCCCCCGCGCCGCUGGGAGAGCCGACUCCCUGCCACCCCCAAAACGCCCCGGCCUCCCCCUGA